AUGUACCCUCUACUGCAAGCUGAAAAGCAGUACGCAAAGCAGGCACGUCGUCUGAACCACUUCCACCUCAGUUGUCUUCGUCGCAUCCUGAGGCUGAAGUGGCAGGAUCGAAUCCCCGACACUGAUAUGCUUGAACAGACGGGAAUCCUCAACAUCUACGCCAUACUGAGGCAAAUUCACCUGCGCUGGAGCGGCCACCUGGUGCGCAUGGCCGACGAGCGACUACCCAAACGACUCUUCUACGGAGACGUCGCGAUGGGUUCUCGCCGCCAAGGAGGCCAGAUUCGCCGUUACAAGGAUAUCCUGAAGUCCUCCCUGAAAUGCCUGCAAAUCAACCCCACCAACUGGGAGGAGCUCGCACUCGAUCGACCGACCUGGAGGAGGACAGUGAAGACAGGCGCUGCGAUCUACGAAGCCAACCGCAUCGCUGCCGCCAAAGCGAAACGUGAAGCCCGCAAAUCACAACUUCGCUCAGUCAGCAACGCCGCCGCCCAACCGCUUCCAACGUGUCCUCGAUGUCAGCGGACAUUCCGGGCUCGAAUCGGACUUUUUGGACAUCUUUGGAUUAACUGCGUCUCUCGAACAGCACCAACCAUCGUCCCCCCGCCUACCUCUUCCUCCUCCUCUCCGCCGCCAACUAACCCUGACAAUUCUUCGGACCCACCACUUCCAUCAUCCUCCUCCCCCUCCUCCUCCUCCUCCUCCUCCUCCUCCUCCUCAUCCUCCUCCUCGCUCACUGCUCCAACGGCGGCCGCUCAGACGACUGUCCCGCGCACAGCAACCGACACUACCACCACCUCCCCCGACUCCAGGGAUGAGGAUCAGGACUACACCUGCCCUCACUGCGACCGUACCUUCACCUCACACAUCGGCCUGGUCGGUCACUUGAGAAUCCAUCGCACAGAGACUGGCGAACCAGUGCGUGAAGCACCAACCUACACCCACCGCACUCGCCUCCACUGCCCACACUGCCCUCGCACUUUCAGACAUCGAAUGGGCCUUUUCGGCCACAUGCGCAUCCACGAGAGCGGCCUUGACCGCACUCCCGACACACCCACCACAUCCAACAUAUCCACCGUGCACACCCCCACCCUCGUUCCAUCCGUCCGCGCCACCACCAUCAUCACCGCCUCCUCUGUAGCUGACACUGACAACGCCGACUUCUCAUGCCCACACUGUCCACGCACAUUCACCUCACGCAUCGGCCUGGUCGGUCACUUGCGAAUCCAUCGCACAAAGACUGGCGAGCCAGUGCCUGAAGCACCCACCUAUACCCACCAAGCUCGUCCCAACUGCCCACACUGCCCUCGCACUUUCAGGCAUCGCAUGGGCCUAUUCGGCCACAUGCGCAUCCACGACGACCUGCGGCAGACAACCGCCGGCCACACCACACAUUCACUCACGCCCUACCUCCUCCACCAUCAGCCCACCAGAACUCAACACUCACAGACCUCAUGCACCCAACUACCACCUCCCACACAAGUGGGAAGUCCGCAUCUCGACUCGAUCCCCAUGCGGUUUCGGCUGCACGGGUGA